CGCCUGGUAAGCAGACUACCUACGCUUCAAUUUGCUAUCCACUGCAAAGUCCCCGAAGUAUUACCCAUCAUCGCAUCUGGAAAGCAAAUAUGGAAUUGCCAAGAGUCCUUUGGCCAGCAUUUGUUGCUAUUUUCGUCACAGUCGUGUCGAUGAUGAUGGCACGACGACGAUUGAUGUUCUCCCAAAAAACCAAACGAUCACCCCCUUCGCCGCCCGUGGCCGCAGGCCUUCCCCUUCUUGGGGUCCUCCCGGCGCUUCUCGCCAAGGGCCCGCUGCAUGUGAUCCGUGACGCCCACACAGAGAUGGGGAGCGUGUUCACGGUGAGACUGUUGCAUCGCAAGGUGACCUUCCUGGUUGGGUCAGAAGUGUCGAGCCAUUUCUACCAAGGGCUGGACUCGGAGAUCAGCCAGGACGAGGUCUCACAGUUCACCACUCCGACCUUCGGCCCCGGCGUCGCCUUCGACGUGGAUUUCACCACUCGACGUGAGCAGUUCCGUUUCUUUGGCGAUGCGAUGAAGCCGGCUAAGCUCAGGACCUACGCCCGCCUCAUGGUCCGCGAAGUCGAGGAGUACUUUGCGAGAUGGGGACAGUCUGGCACAGUAGACUUGAAGCAGGAGUUAGAGCAGCUCGUCACGCUCGUCGCCAGCCGGUGCUUGUUCGGGGAGGAGGUCCGGGCGAAGAUGCUGGUUGAGGUCGCAACGCACCUCCGUGAACUCAACGAUGGCAUGCGCCUCGUCACCAUCCUAUUCCCCCACCUGCCGAUCCCAGCGCAUCGCAGACGCGAUAGGGCGCGCGCUAGGCUUGGUGAGAUAUUCUCCAACAUCGUCAGCGCCCGCAAAGCAAGCUACCUUGACGGUGGCCGAGACGUCGUCGACGACAUGCUACAGUGCCUGAUCGAUUCGAGGUACAAAGACGGUCGCGCCACGACGGAGACGGAGGUGGUCGGAAUGUUGGUCUCCGCGUUGUUUGCGGGGCAGCACACAAGCUCCAGCACGGGCACGUGGACCGGAGCGUGCCUCCUCUCGCGCGCCAACAACAAGAAGCUUUAUGCUGUCGUACAGGAGCAGGAGCAGAUCGUGGCGCGACACGGGGACCGCGUGGACUACGAGGUCCUGCAGGAGAUGGACACCCUCCACCGUUGCGUCAAGGAGGUUCUGCGUCUCCACCCUCCAGCAAUGAUGUUGCUGCGCCAUGCGCGCCGGAGCUUCACCGUGCGGACAAGGGAGGGCAACGUGUACGAGGUCCCGAAGGGGCGUACGGUCGCGAGCCCGCUGGUGAUCCACAACCGCCUCCCGCAUGUGUACAGGGACCCGGAGACAUACGAGCCGGACCGGUUCGGCCCCGGUAGAAGAGAGGACAUUGCCGGUGGAGCGUUCUCGUACACGGCGUUCGGCGGUGGGCGGCAUGCCUGCGUUGGCGAGGCGUUCGCGUACAUGCAAAUCAAGGUGAUAUGGAGCCACCUGCUGAGGAACUUUGAGAUGGAGAUGGUGUCGCCGUUCCCCGAGACGGAUUGGAACGUGGUCAUGCCAGGGCCCAAGGGGAAAGUCAUGCUCCGCUACAACAGAAAGAGGAUGCCAGCUGCCGCCUAAAUCACAAGCCCACAGAGACGCUACGUUUAUCUACUCCAUGUUGCCUGUUUACUCUGUCCUGGCACCAAUAAACUACUCUU